AAUUUCUUCAUGGAUCAGAAGUCUCUACAAUUUUUUGAACCCUGGGGCAAGAAUUCUUGGAGGAACUGAUGUGAUGAAGAAAUCCCAGGCCAAUUACAUGGUUGCCAUAGUUUAUAGGCCUGUGAAGUUGUUGAGGAAGUGGUUUGGGAUCCCAAUAUGCAGUGGCUCCCUCUUGUCAAGAUACUAUGUACUAACAGCUGCAUCCUGCUUCAGCUUCAUUGAAAAUGCUGACAUAAAUGUGAUGGCUCAUACUUUGAAGCCAUUUUGGAAGACCCCAGGCAGAGACAAUGUGGAUGUUCUCAACAAGACAUUUUACCCAGGUUAUGACUUCAAGGCAAACCCUGUGAAAGAUGACUUGGCUGUUGUAGGCAUAGAAGAUAGACUGCCUUACUUCAACCAAAACCUGAAUGCUAUAGCAUUGCCCACAACCUGCUGUGCUGGAGGCACUGAGGGGUGUUGCACAAAUUCAGCAACUGCUGAUUUCAGGAAUCAAGUCCUGAAAAGUGUUGGUUAUGGCUUGCAACAAAAUGUUACUUUGUCUGGAUUGGGUAAGUUCAUG